AUGGUGCGUGUCAAAGAAGCUCAUGUUGUCACACCUUCAGACCCCACACCCAACACUGUCCUCGCACUCUCAGCACUCGACUCACAACUCUUCUUGCGCUUCACAAUCGAGUAUCUCCUUGUUUACCGGCCCGGCCCCGCCCUCGCCCUCGACCGCCCUUCCACCGCGGCUCGUAUAAAAACCGCAUUAGCCAAAGCGCUUGUUCCUUAUUAUCCAUUUGCUGGCAGAGUCCGGGCCCGGGUCGACGGGCUGGGCCUCGAGGUUGUGUGUCGGGCCCAGGGCGCUGUCUUCAUCGAAGCCUCUUCCGAACGUUACACUGCCAAGGAUUUCCAGAAGGCCCCCAAAACAGUGGCCCAAUGGAGAAAGCUCUUAUCCCUCUACGUCACCGACGUCCUCAAAGGCUCGCCGAUUCUCGUCGUCCAGCUGACAUGGCUCGCCGACGGAGCCGCCGCCGUCGGUAUCGGAAUCAACCACUGUAUCUGCGACGGCAUCGGCAGCGCAGAGUUUCUGAAUUAUUUCUCCGAUUUAGCCUCCGAGAAAUGUCUCCGUCUGGGUCUCAGUGUCAGUGUGGAUUCGAAACCGAAACCGAAACCGAAACCGGUUUGGGAUCGACACCUUCUGAAUCCGGACAGUACAACCAAGGCGAAUCCAGCGAUGCAUGCUGAGUUCGCUGGAGUUCCUGAUUUGUGCGGGUUCAUGAACCGUGUGACGAGCGGGUUGAAACCUACGUGCAAUGUGUUGGACGAGAGGCGGAUCGAGGCGCUGAAGCGCGCGUGCGGAGGAGCGUCGUGCACGACGUUCGAGGUAGUUGCUGCGCACGUGUGGAGGAGCUGGGCUCGGGCGUUGGGGUUUCCGAAGAACCAGAUGCUGAAGCUCUUGUUCAGCGUGAACGUGCGGAAGCGCGUGAAGCCAGGUUUGCCGGAGGGGUAUUACGGGAACGCGUUUGUGUUGGGGUGCGCUCAGAGCAGCGCGUGGGAGUUGGGGGAGAGGGGGGUGGCGUACGGGUGUGGUGUGGUGAAGCGUGCGAAGGAGAGGGUGGACAGCGAGCACGUGCGGAGGGUGGUUGAGUUGGUGUCGGAGUCGAGGGCGAGUCCUGACUCGGUGGGGGUGCUGAUACUGUCGCAGUGGUCGAGGCUGGGUCUGGAGAGGGUUGAACUCGGAAUGGGAAAGCCUCUGCAUGUGGGACCCAUUUGCUGCGAUAGGUACUGUUUGUUUCUUCCGGUGGCCGGUGAACGUCAAUGUGUUAAGGUCAUGGUGGCUGUCCCCAUCGCCGCCGUUGACAAUUUUCACCGCUUCCUCCACGAAUCUAAUCUAUGA